GGGGCCUCCUGGGGUGAGGUGGGGGCGCUCGGCUCUCCGCCUCACUCGCAGCUGCCGGGCGCUCGGACCUCUGACCCUGGAAUCUCGCGGCAGCCGGCAUCCGUCUCUGUGGGUUGCCGCCCGGGCCACCCGCCGUUCCCCGGUCCGGAGGGGCCCGGCCGGCCGCGGUGCAGAAAGCGGGCAGCAUGAGCCGGGGGGCCCGGCGGGCCGGCGCGGGGCGGGGGACGGCCGCUGUGCGGCUUCUGGUCACCCUGAGCCUUCUCCCCGGCGUCGUCGAGGCCCAGGUCACUGGAGUGCUAGAUGAUUGCUUGUGUGAUGUCGAUAGCAUCGAUAAAUUCAAUACCUUCAAAAUCUUCCCAAAAAUGAAAAAAUUGCAAGAGCGAGACUACUUCCGUUAUUAUAAGGUUAACCUGAAGCGACCAUGUCCUUUCUGGGCAGAAGAUGGCCAUUGUUCAAUAAAAGACUGUCACGUGGAGCCCUGUCCAGAGAGUAAAAUCCCAGUUGGAAUUAAAGCUGGAAGUUCUAAUAAGUACUUGAAAGAGGCAAACAAUACCAAAGAAUUAGAAGACUGUGAGCAAGCUAAUAAACUGGGAGCAAUUAAUAGCACAUUAAGUAAUCAAAGCAAAGAAGCUUUCAUUGACUGGGCAAGAUACGAUGAUUCACAGGAUCACUUUUGUGAACUUGAUGAUGAGAGGUCUCCCACUGCUCAGUAUGUAGACCUGUUGCUGAACCCCGAGCGUUACACUGGCUACAAAGGGCCGUCUGCAUGGAGAGUGUGGAACAGCAUCUAUGAAGAAAACUGUUUCAAGCCUCGAUCUGUUUAUCGUCCUUUAAAUCCUCUGGCACCCAGCCGAGGAGAAGAUGAUGGAGAAUCAUUCUACACAUGGCUAGAAGGUUUAUGUCUAGAGAAAAGAGUCUUCUAUAAGCUUAUAUCGGGACUUCAUGCUAGUAUCAAUUUACAUCUAUGUGCAAAUUAUCUUCUGGAAGAAACCUGGGGUAAGCCUAGCUGGGGACCAAAUAUCAAAGAAUUUAAACGCCGCUUUGACCCUGUGGAAACCAAGGGAGAAGGUCCAAGAAGGCUAAAGAAUCUCUACUUUUUAUACUUAAUUGAGCUUAGAGCUUUGUCAAAGGUGGCCCCAUAUUUUGAGCGCUCAAUCGUCGAUCUGUACACUGGAAAUGUAGAGGAUGAUGCUGACACAAAAACCCUCCUGCUGGAUAUCUUUCAAGAUACAAAGUCCUUUCCCAUGCAUUUUGACGAGAAAUCCAUGUUCGCAGGGGACAAAAAGGGGGCCAAGUCAUUAAAGGAGGAAUUCCGGUUACAUUUCAAGAACAUUUCCCGUAUAAUGGACUGUGUUGGAUGUGACAAAUGCAGAUUGUGGGGGAAAUUACAGACUCAGGGCUUAGGAACUGCCCUGAAGAUACUAUUCUCUGAAAAAGAAAUCCAAAAGCUUCCAGAAAAUAGCCCGUCGAAAGGUUUCCAACUCACUCGACAAGAAAUUGUUGCUCUUUUAAAUGCCUUUGGAAGGCUUUCCACAAGUAUAAGAGAAUUACAGAAUUUUAAAGUCUUAUUACAACACAGUAGGUAAUAAAGGCUUUUAUAUGUCUAAUUAGAGACAUAAAGUGACUGUGUGAAGACUUUUACUCUUGGACAUUCAACAGAAGGAAGCUAAUCUUCAACGACUUUGAGAAUUCUGAACUCUUAAAGAGAAAAUUCAGUUGUUCACUUGAAUAUUUAUGAUUCUUAAUAGACUAUCAAUUAGAGGUAUUUAUAAAUGAAGUAUAUACUUUUAAAACAUGUAAGUUAUACUAAUUCUGUGUUUAAUUUCAUGUUUUCAUCUGUUGAAUAUUCUGCUAUUGUUUAGAAUUGCUUUUGUUCUUGUUAUGCUUUAUUUCAAACUUAAAUGACAAUGUCUCCAUCCUGAUAACACUGUUAACAGCCUGUUAUGGAAACGGAGAGCUAGGGAACAAAUGUUGCUUAGGGCUGUAUCAGUGGUAACGGUUUAUCAGUGAUUUUGAAAUGUGCGCUUCACCUUGCCUAGCGUUGUGUCACCUUCUAGAACAUGGAAGUGUCAGCACGAUGAAAGCCCUUUCAGUGUAUAGUUCUAGAAAUUACUUAAGAAUCCCCAGGACUUCAACUUCAAUUUCAUUGGUUAGUUUUAGUUAAAUUUGUAGUUGCUGCUGUUGUGUUGUUUUGGUCUGAAGGACCUGUGCUGGUCAAGGUGAAUAAGGACUGUCCCCUAUGCCACCAGCCAGAUUUCCUGUGUGUAGUUGGCUGGCUCAGGAGGACUCUUAGAACCUAGAAAUCAGUUUCUUUUGAGUUUGCGUUUUUCUGUUCCUACUUCAAUUUUAGAAAUUUUCAUUUAGUCUAAAAAAACAUAAAUAUUCACUAGUUUCCAUCUUGAUAAAAUUUGAAUGGGAUUUUGUGGAUUUAUAAUGACAAUUUAAAACAUUAUAUGCACAGAAUUUACUAUUUUAAAUUAAAAUAAGCAUUUUUAAAUAUUUUAUUUUAGAAUACAAUCUAUGCAAUCUUCUCAAUCUCAUUUGCUUUCCUAGGAUAUUUCAGCAGGUAGGUUAGUUCCAGCCUCUUUUAAGCUUCCCCGCUCUCCACCUGGUCAUUGUAGUUCACUGUAUAUAAAUGUAACUUGUACCAACAGAUGACUCAGUUAGUCCUAAACAGUCAUUUUCUAAACCUGGCAGUUAAGCAUCCUUAAUAGUUAAAAUAUUGAUUCUUUAAAAAGGUGUUAGUAGAUAUAACGUGGUUAAUUUGGAAGGUUGCAUCUGUGUGGAAGUGAUGUUUUUCCUUAGACUCUUCAGUCUUUUAUGAAAUAAGUGCUCUUAAACCUGUUUCUUCUCCUGCCAAAGCCUGAAAUGUGUUCAUUGAUGACUAAGUGAUGUAUUUUAAUUGUAUUUAGUUGGCUCACCCAUCCUUUAAAAAUAUGUAGUCACCAUAGGAGGCAGGGAUGUGGUAGGAGAGAGCAAGGUCUCACUAGUUAAUUAUUUCUUACCCAAUUUCUAACCUUUGUAGAUCCGGGCUUUUGUUGGUGGUGGUGGUGGUGGUGGUGGUUUUUGUUGAGUCAAAUAAAACAGCCUGACUUGAUUGGAGCUUCCUCCACUUUUUCUUUUCAUUUUUAGAGAUGAAGUAUUGUAUGGUGGGAGAGGGGACCUUAAGGUAAACUUGUCUAAAAAGUGAAUUAAGUAAUCUUGCUGGUAAAUUAAUAAGAAUUAUUCUUAGUGUUCAGAGUUUAAGAAAAUGUGAGUUUUGCACUUGUCUAUUUUUACCUUAAGUUUAAAAAUCUUUUUGGUAGGGUUACUUCAGUGUUCCAUUAGUUAAAGAUAAAGGCUAUUAUUUAAACUGUUGUUUACUGGAGAAAAUCCUUGGCUAUUUCCAUUUGCUUUUCUUCUUUACUGUGAUUUGUUUGAAGCUUAGGAAAAAGUAUAUGUUAGAAUGCUAGGAAAUUAAAGGGUCUAAUUAGGAUUAAAAGUUCUUUUCAAAGUUUUAACAAAUUUUUUUCACUACCAAGAAAGUAAACAAAUGAAGUAUUCUUAAGCUGAAAUUUAUUUAACUUUAUUUUACCAUAAAUUAGAUUGUGGGGGGCAGCCUACAUUUUUGUGUAUGUAUUUCUUAAAUGAUUGUAAGCUGUUUUGUGAGCCCAGUGAUGUUUUAUGGUCCUUGUAAUAUAAGCUGUUUUUUCAAUUCACAUAGUUUUUGUUGUGAAGUGAUACUAAAGUACUGGUUGCUUUGUGAAAAUGCUUGGCUGGUAAUACCUCUUGGCAUUUUGUCUUUAUCUCAUCACCUAAUUUAAAAAUCCAGCACUUGAUAAUCCAGCACUGACAGAAAUAAUUGUACCAGCUGAUGAAGUAAUGAAGCUAAACAAGAGGAAAAUAUCCCUUCCUUCAAUGGCAUGAAUUUGUUUUUGUUUUGUUUUGUUUUUCCUUAAGUGGCAUCUAUGUAAGUUAGAAAGACCAUAAUAUUAAAGUUGGUAAAAUUUGAAUGUUUCUCCUGUGUUGAUUCUUAGAUUAUAAUGGAGGAUCAGACAGAAUAGUAAUAGUUUUCAGUUUUGAAAUUUGAUGUCAAAUAUUUUGAUGUUUUAACAUUGUGAAUUACUUAAUACUUGUAAUCUCUGUGUCUAUAUGAAACACUGUGCCACAUUUUCCGGCUUUCCCUAGGUGCCACUGUAUCUAAGAAAGGACAGCAUUGCCUUCUCCUGGGAACUUGAGAACAGUUCACAGUAAACGUCUCAGCAGUUUGCAAAUUGGAAGUACCUGCAGAAACCAUAGCUACUCACCAAACUACACAGACUGGGUGCAUGGCAUCAUGGAAAUUAUUUGAUAAAACAACAGAAACACAAAUUUGUGUGUACUCUGUUUUAGUAAUAUCUACAGGUACACCUUGGCUUUAGAACAGAAUUGCAAAUAAUGUGCUGUUGUACCCACCAUGUAGUAAAAAAUGUGAAUUAAAGUAAAUGUUCCUACCA